GCGGGGCGGGCGGAGGCGGCGAGGGCUGCGGGGACCCGGGCCCGGAGGAUGCGGAGCCCCUGCCUCGGCCCAGCCGGAGCAGAUGAUGGCGAUUCGGGAGCUCAAAGUGUGUCUUCUCGGGGAUACCGGGGUGGGGAAAUCCAGCAUCGUGUGCCGAUUCGUCCAGGAUCACUUUGACCACAAUAUCAGCCCUACUAUUGGGGCAUCCUUCAUGACCAAAACAGUGCCUUGUGGGAAUGAACUUCAUAAAUUCCUCAUCUGGGACACUGCGGGUCAGGAACGGUUUCAUUCUUUGGCUCCCAUGUACUAUCGAGGCUCCGCGGCAGCUGUCAUAGUGUAUGACAUUACCAAACAGGAUUCAUUUCAUACCCUAAAGAAAUGGGUUAAAGAGCUGAAAGAACAUGGCCCAGAAAACAUCGUGAUGGCUAUUGCUGGGAACAAGUGUGACCUCUCAGAUAUUAGGGAGGUUCCCUUGAAGGAUGCUAAGGAAUAUGCUGAAUCCAUAGGUGCCAUCGUGGUUGAAACAAGUGCAAAAAAUGCCAUUAAUAUUGAAGAACUCUUCCAAGGAAUCAGUCGCCAGAUCCCACCCUUGGGCCCCCAUGAAAAUGGAAACAACGGAGCGAUCAAAAUCGUGAAGCCAACCUCGUCCAACGGCCGGCGGUGCUGUUGACGCGGAGGCCACCACGGCCGUCCCCGAGCAUCCAAAGCCCAGGCCCACUUGCUGCCUGCAGGCCCCCUCCUCGGAGGCCUGGCACCUUCCUUGGAGAAAGUGAGCCUGCUGGCUGUGCACGGUGGAAGACCUGCUGGGAACAGGGAAGAAAAUGUCCCUGGAAGAGGAUUUUCUAAAACUCCCGAUUGAAGCCCACCACACCACCGCCAAGCGGCCUUUAGCGUGUGAAACACACAAGGGGACGGAUGUUAGGUAAUGCGUAGAUGCUUGAGUUUUUUGUUACAAAACCUCAAAGAAUUCUUGAAUUUGUACAAAAGUCUUGCUGACUUAGUGUGGGGUGGGGUUCCAGUGUCCCAUUUCCUGUGUCACCUGGCCAAAUUUCAGUCACAUCUUCAACUCCAGUGCCUUUGUCACCUAACCAGCCUUCGCUGAACCACACAUUUAAUUUAGAAGAAUUUAAUCUAGCUGGCUUUGGAAUGAAGCCUUUACUUAACAUUGUCUGAAGGAAAUCCGAGAAGUGUAAUUAGACCAUCACUCAAGCUCAAGACAAGCUCUUACGAAAGAGGAGAAAGACGUGUUAGAAACUGUUGUCCACAGCUCUGACUUUUUUUUUUUUUCCACAGCUCUGACUUUUAAUUGAUCAACAUUUUUCUUUCUUUGGGUCACAUACAAACCAACCAAAUGUGACUAAAAUAUUGCAUACAAUUUUGGGGUUGGGAGGCCUGGUUUGAAAGAGUCAUUUAAGUAGUUACUAUCUAAGCAGUGACUGAUGUUGAAUACAAAUAUUAUUUAGGAGUCUGCCUGGCAUGUGGCACUCCACAGUAAUAUUUCUUAAGAGAAUAUGUUCUGGUGUCUUAUGUAGGGGGAGAAAUCACCUGGAGGAUAUUUGAGUCUAAGUCGAAGGACAAACGUCUAAUAGCAAUUGAUUAUAGAUUACAGGAAGGGCAGCCAGAGGAAGUAUCUUAAGAUUUGAGACACCACCUGCCCCCCCCCCCCCAAAAAAAAAAGACAAAAUCAGAGAAAGCAUUUUCAAAGUUGCCAGGCUUGGGGAGGUGGGUAAACCUCGGGCAAACACAAGGUACUGCCCUGGAACUAAACUGCAAAUAGGUUUCCAUGAAAACCUUCCUCUUCAGAUUCCUUGUCUGCUCAGUUAAUAAAAAGUGGCUGAAAGUAAACAAAAGGGAGAAAAGAGAUGGGACAGAAGACAAGCUGUUUCCAACCCCAGUUCAAAACCAACCACCAUUGUAACUUCCAUAAAGACUUGGUAUCAUGAAGCAGGUGAUUUCCGAUCAGGCUUAUAUUGGGAGGUGAUUUUUAGGGACAGGGUGUUUUACAGGAAAACUGUAAAAAAAAAGGGGGGGCUCGGAAAUGGUUAGUCAAGGAGCAGGUAGCCAGGUAGCCUGGGUGCAAGCAUUUAUUGAAAACCUACAGCAGAAACGGUAGGAAUGAGAGCGUGAACUGGCUAAAGACCUCAAACCCUUAGUGGCUCAGUGGGCUGGUGCUUUCGAGUCCCAUCACAGCUGUGCCCACCAUCCUCUUGACAGGCUAGAGACCCCAAAGCAUCAACAGAAGGAAGAGUCCUUGAGGGUCUGAGUUUACAGGUGCCACUUUCUUGUUACUAUGACUUCAUGUUGACUGCAGUCAAGGAGGCAGGGCUGGGUGAAAUCACAGAUUUGUUUUGCACCUCAAGAAUGUGCCUUCCAUUUGAUGUCCUUACUACUUUUCCCAACUUGCGAGAAUCGAUUGACCAUCUUAGAAUGGGAAUGCUGGAAAACACUUAUGUUUGAUUUUUGGUUCGAGAGAGAGAGAGGGCCUCUGAGUUUUCCCCGACAGUUAGCUCAGGAACUAUUGGCAAGAGGGACUUGGCCAUCUAGAUGGGUCCACUAUAGGGAAUUUUAGGGUUUUCUCCACACUGUCAGCAUUGCUUGCCAACACGAUUCUGCUUGUAGACCAAGCAGGAAUCAUGCUUCUUUCCAAAGGUAAAAGGAAAAUCUAAGUCGAACGUUGAGGUGACCUCUUUCCAGAUGAUGUGCAGGCUCGUCUCUGAACCUUUCAUCGUCCAGCUCUCCCUGAGACAUUAGGGUUAUUUCCAGACAGUCUUUGGGUUGUCUCACGAAGAUGGUGCACCCACCCAGCAGAGACAUAACGGCUUCUGGCUGGGUUUGCAGGGGUGGACCUCUUGCAUGAAAUGUCUAGUCUUAACCACAUGACACUGGCCACCUACCAAGGAGCCCAUGGCUUCAUUCCAGAAGCACACAAGGGUGUGAAACCACUCCGUUACCUCUCUGUACUGCCUUAACAAUUCAGACCAAUCAGAGGAUAUAUUUACAUCAAUGCUGCAAUGAGAAUAGACAGCCACUGGGCACACGGCAUUAAUACACACAUGGAAUCUUCUCUGAGCAGGGAUGCUUGGGCCUCAUCCAUCAGUGAGACUUUCCCCCCUCCCUUUAUUUUAGCUUGGGAUUACUUUCUGGCUGCUCUAAUAAUUGAACUAUAACCACGUAACAUUAUGUGAAGACCUUGAAAUUACUGUAGCUCCAAGUGUAGUUUCACGGGACGUAGCAUCCUUCACAUCCUUUCCCAAAACUCGCUACCUUUCCCCAGUUUUCAUUUCUCUCCUGUGUGGUAUGUGUAUAUGUAUGUAAAUAUGAUUUAUAUCUGCCACACUGACAUGUAAUCCCUUUCGCCGGCUGAGUUUGGCUCGUGGCUCUCUGUUACAUGACACUGGCAUGGCUUCUCGUAGGGAUUGUCUCCCAGUUUGGAGCUCUCAGGAGUCAUGUGGAUGUUUGUUGUAGGUACGUAAUUGACUAGCCAUUUCAGAGCUAAAAUGGUACAUUAGGAUGCCAAAUAGGACGUUACCUUGCAGACUCUAAAGGGUUGAUGACUUAAAACUAAACUUUCACCAAUGAUUAGGGCCUAUGCCCCAAUGAAGAGUGAAUUUGUUUUCCGAGGGUGGCACAUAUCACCGAAAUUUGCCCUCCGUGAUCAAGGAAUAUGGCAGGUGAUGGCUGGAACUGUGGGCUCCACUUCUCAUGGCCCUGCCAGGCUCGUGGCAAGGUGAAUAAUGAGGUAGCUUAUAAAGCUCAUAAAGGUGAAUAAUGAGGUAGCUCAUAAAUUAAAGGGAUCUAUACUCAGACCCGAGAGGUAGAUAGUUUACUCGGUCAGCCAUCAUUAUUUAAACCAGCCCCGGUGACGCAGUGUCUGCCCUGCCGUGCAAACUGCCCCUUUGCUUGUGUUGCUGUCCGGGGUUCUUCUGGGCUGGACCCAGUUCAUGCAUCUAGAAGAUGCCACCAGAGGGUGUUCGAACCUCUCUCCCCCUUGUAACUGCUAGCAAAGCAUUUGCCUCAACAGUGCCCGACUGUAUCUAUUAUUUUGGGUUUAACACACACUGAUUCAUACUAAUAAAUAUUUUAAAUUUUGCCAA